AUGGCACGCAGAAAAGUGGCGGGAGUGCACGUGCUUUUGGGUGCUGUCAUGUGCAACGGCUUGCAGGACCAGGACCCCAUCUGCAAAAUACGUCAGCGACUGAGCCAGCGGUGGCUUUCCUAUUCAACCACAUUUUCUCUCAUUUUAGGGGAGCACCUGCGAAUCUGCCCACAAGGCUAUACCUGCUGCACCAGCGAGAUGGAGGAGAACUUUGCAAACAAAAGCCGAAGUGAAUUUGAAGCCAUGAUGAAAGAGGCUGGUCGCUCUGUGCAGACAACCCUAACAGCGCAGCACAGAAGCUUUGACAGUUAUUUCCAGGAUUUGUUGAACAAGUCAGAGAAGGCUCUUUAUGAUGCUUUUCCAAGCAUGUAUGGGGAAUUGUACACUCAGAACAUGAAGGUCUUCAAGGACUUGUACAGCGAGUUACGCCGCUAUUACCGGGGCUCCAACAUCAACUUGGAAGAGGCCCUCAAUGAGUUCUGGACACGCUUGCUGGAGCGACUCUUCAAGCUGAUGAAUCCCCAGUACCAUAUCACAGAUGAGUACCUGGACUGCAUGGUGAAACAUGCGGAGCAGCACAAACCCUUCGGGGAAGUUCCCAGAGACCUGAAGGUGAAGGCAACCCGAGCCUUCAUCGCAGCACGCUCCUAUGCACAGGGCUUUCUAGUGGGCAGCGACGUGGUCAGAAAGGUGUCUCAGGUAUCUCUCAGCCACGAGUGCACCCGUGCCAUCAUGAAGCUGAUGUACUGUCCGCACUGCCGGGGCAUGUCCAACGUGAAGCCGUGCAACAACUACUGCCUGAACGUCGUGAAGGGCUGCCUGGCCAACCAAGCAGACCUGAACACCGAGUGGAAGUACCUGAUGGAUUCGCUCGUCGUAGUGGCUGAUCGGAUUGAUGGACCGUACAAUGUAGACACUGUAAUAGGGACCAUUCACAUGAGGAUCGCUGAAGCUAUCUCUAACUUGCAAGAAAACAAAGAUUCAAUCACAGCCAAGGUUUUCCAAGGCUGUGGAAAUCCCAAAAUCAGCACAAAAGGCUCCAGCAGCGAGGACAAGAAAAGGCGGGGGAAGGUUGUGUUGGAAGCAAAAUCCUCUGCGCAAGCCCUGGAGAUGCUGGUUUUAGAUGCCAAAGGGAAUCUGACAGCACUCAAGACUUACUGGAUCACUCUGCCUGGCAGCCUGUGCAGCAAAAAAGUAAUGGCCAGCUCAGCGGCGGACAACAAGUGUUGGAAUGGGAUGACCAAGGGCAGUUACCUGCCCGAAGUGAUGGGGGAUGGCUUGGCUAAUCAAAUUAACAACCCGGAGGUGGAAGUGGACAUCACCAAGCCUGAUAUGACCAUUCGCCAGCAAAUCAUGCAGCUAAAGAUCAUGACAAAUCGACUGGGCAAUGCUAACAUCGGGAACGAUGUGGAUUUCCAAGAUGCAAGUGACGACAUGAGUGGCUCCGGGAGUGGUGACAGCUGUCCUGAUGACGUCUGUGGCAAAAGACUCUCUAAGAGCCCCAGCACCAGGCAGCCAGAAACACACGCUAUUCCUAAGCAGUCUGGACAUGGCAUCAAUGGGGCCAGCAGCAGAUCUUUGCCUUCUGCCUUCCUCCUCCUCCUUUCGGUGGCUUUCAUUGCCGCGCAGCACUUGUGGCGGUAACUCACUAUGACAGCCAGGAAAGAGACUGCGGCCGAGGGCUUCACUUUGCCAAAACCAACCAACCAACCAACCAAAGGACAUAUUUAAUUCACCUUGGCAAAAAAAAAAAAAAAAAAAAAAAAAAAAGGAGAGAAAGGUUUCAGUUGUUUGCUAUUUCUGGCAGUGCUCGAGCUGUUUUCUUCUUUCUUGGUCUUUUCCCCAAUGCUGGGCCCUUCUUUCUGUACCUCAUUGUUUUACUUUUGUUAUUGCCACAAACUGGCUGUCGGGGCUGAAAGAAACCUUUGCAGAGAGGUCUCUGGGGGGAUCCCAGCUGGCCCCUCCGAGGGCAGCUCUUCCGCUGCCUCCAGUGGAACACGCAAUUGCCCUGACCUUGUUACCCAGCUGCCGGCCAGGGCGCCGCUUACCACAGCUGCCGAGAGCAACGCCACUUCCUAACGCGGAGAGACCGAGAUCGUCAGCGCUCCUCAAGUGCUGCAUUCAGGGGCUCUUUCAGGUUUUUCCUCUGUACUUCCUAGGCAGGCAGAGAUGGCCCUUCACUUCUAGCAGCGUGUGUAGGAGUGUGAGCAGGUUUGGUGGGUUGAACUGAAACAGUUUGGCAGUGGCUGUUGGACCCAAAACCGCAGAACUCCCUUUUUCUUUGGAAAGGUCACAAGUGGGUUUCUUGACUAGAGCUCAUAGCUGACAACAAUUUGUAAUGUAGGUCUCCUACAUCUAAGUGACUGGGAAUGAGUGUUAGGGGUUGGGGUUUGGGGUAUUUUUUCUUUGCAUGCUAGUUGGAAAGCCAUUUUUUACCCAAGUAAUGAUGGUCCAAUUUCUACCUGCAGUGCAGUACCGUUGUAGGUAACAGAGAGAUGAAAAUAUGCACAGUGGGAUUCUUCGCUUGACAGACAGUUGUGCUGACACCUCCUCCUCCUCUGGCCUCAGCUGUGGAUAGGUAUCCUUUUUUUUUUUUGUAAUAAGACACACCAGGGACUUUUUUACUAACGGGAGCAUUGCAACUGGUUGUGAGAGCUCACACCAGGCACGUGCAAGAGUGACACCCCAGGUAGCUGCCCGGGGGCAGAAAGGGGCUGGGUAGCGAUGAGCCUGGGCAGUGUCUCACUCAAGGUAGCACCUACCAGGUGGGAUGUGAGGAUGGGACACGUUUUUGUCUGGGAGUUUUCUUUUGGUGUUCGUUCUUGUUCCAUUGUAGGUUUCUAAGUGAAUUCCCACUUUCCCUGUCCCUUCCCCAUGCUCCCACACACCUUCCCUAACUGCUGCAGGGUCAGAGUGUGAUGGUGGGUCAGACACCUGCUGGCAGCUCCGGUUUGGCUCAGGGAAGGGCCCCACUCACCCUCUGCCGCCCCAUCCCACCACACACCAGCCUCUGGGUCAGGUGGGCGGCUGCCCUAACCCCGAAAUGCUUGGUGGGGUGGACUCUGUGCUGGGUUUUGAGACUGGGGGUGGUCAGUGAAAGAUAUAAUUAUCCUCACGUAGCUGUAGAAGUGUCUGUGCUUGUAGGGCUGUGUGCUUCAGGGCUUCCAGAAGGCUUCUGUACCUGGUGGGUACAGCAAGCAUCGGCUGGAGAUGUAGGUUUAGCAGAUGUUAUAGAUACCACACAGUCACUGUGACUGGUUGGGCCAAGAGCAUGCCCAGGGGUUGGGCUUCAUUCGUACGGGGUUGGGUUUGAGUUUCAAAUGUGUUUGUACUGUGGGUGAGAGGGAGGGCAGAGGUGUAUCUAUCUCCUACUUUACUGGUCUGCACAGCAAAUGUUUGAGCAUUUCUCCUCUGUCCUGCCAGAGGAGACGUGUCUUUGGGCUGAGCAAACAUGGGGUUGGGGUUUGGCUGUUUUCUAAGAGAGGGGGAAAAAAUAAUUUUUAACAUUAGCAGUUUCUAGAAUGUGCAAUUUAAGAGAAGACGAGAACAUGAGCAAGGUAACGCCAAAAGCUGGUGCAGGCAGGUGCGGAGAGAGCGUUACCUGGGGGCCAGGUAACAAUGCUGACAGUGCCUCGAACUAGGCAGAGGUUUUAGGCCAGCUAUGACUGGCUUCUCCAAGUUACAGUGACUGAUGUUACUGACUUGGUGCCCCUUCUGCCCUGUACUCUCUUUCUUGUAAGGUUAAAAUUGAUCUAUUCUGAUAGGGUUCCAGAAAUGAAAGCCAGGGUGCUGGGCGUUGGCUAAAGGACAGACGGACACCAGAUCCAUCAGAACCCAUGAGUGGGUAAAUGCAAGUCAUGAAUUUAUACUGAUUUAUUUACUUCUAGAAAUAUGGCAAGUUCCAUGUUACUUUUACUGCUCUAAAGAGUUCCUUUCUUUUUUUUUUUUUCUUUUUUUUUAACCAGAACUGCCAACACAAAUUUAGCCUUCAGUUACAGAAAUCCCCCCAACCAGUCCUGCAGAAACUUUACAUCCAAAGCAAAAAAAAAAAAAAAAAAAAGGAAGGAGGGGGGGACGGAUUAAAACAUUGUAACCUCUUCAAAAAAUGGUUGGGUUGGGUUGGAGUUCUAACACAUGGAUGCCAAGGUCAAUGUUUUGCUUUGCAGAAUGGGAGGUUGAAAGUCCCUGUCAUUUCCAUUUCUGUGCCAUUAGCGUUUGCUGUCAGCCUGUUACCCUCAAAAGCUUCUUAUGGGCCCCAAGGGGAACACACCUCAAAUGUAAAGCCAAGAAUUUACUGAUUGUCUAGUUAAUAUUUUAACAAUUUAAUAGCCCAAAUUACUGGUCCUGUUACAAUAAUAAAACCUGAUAGUCCAAAUUAAUAAGACAAAGCCUCAAGGAUACAGUCAAAACUAUGCAGGAGAAACCCUUUCCUGAUGGCUUCCCCCUUUGGCUGGGGUUGAGCUCCCACUUCAGUGUCCCUCUGGGCCCCGAGGGUGACCGCUUCAGUCCUGGAGCUGAGCUGAGCUGAGGGUGGGACCCACGUCGGCACCCUGAGGUCUGCGCGGGCGGGCGAGGGCAGUGCCGGGGGCUCCCCCUCUUCGCCAGGAGGUGCAUGAUGUUGGUGUUGAUGCUUCCUCCCUCCUUGGCCCUGGGUCCGCUUGGGUUUAUUUUGUAUACCUUUUCACACGGUCCACCUACGCUGCUGCUUUUUGCCAGUUCCUGGUUAUUCAGUUUUUCUGUUCUCUUCAUUGCUCUGAAGCGGUUUCCCCAAUGUGCUGCAAUUUGGUGUCCUGGGGCUGCGCUUGGCCACGCCACCUUCUACUGAGGAGCUGAAACGGCCGAGUCCCCCCCAGGGUAUCGACUCGGUAUUGCUCUAAACUAAAGCAAACCUAAAGCAAACCAUAGUUACCGGACAGCUAGACAACUGCUGGCACAGCUCAACAAGCUGAAGUCAGCCCAGGUCCAGACAAGCCCUGAGCCUGUGCUCGGGCUGGUGCAGAGCCUGGGGCCUUUCAGUGCUUAUAAAUGACAUUUCCUGGGCUACUGCCUGCUCGAAGAUGUUGUGAGAAACCUCCCCAUCCCCAUGGCAGUGGCAGGCUCAGGGCUGCAGCCACGGUGGGGACUGGCAGCUGCCGUAGGUUGGUUGCGUGAGCUGUGGGGAACAGGGAUAGCUGGGGAGGAACAUUUGCUUCAAUGUUAUCGAGGUGGUGAUUCGUGGUGUCCUGGUUUGAAAAGGCCUUGUACUUCACAGGGAUGCAGAGUGGGUAGUGGUCUGGGAAAAAAUAUUAACAAGGACCCCUGUCCCUGGAAAGAGGAGAACCAGAAAUAGUGGAUUUCCAAGUGUCUCUGUCUUUCAGCCUGCUCUUUUGUGCCAUAAUGUGUAUGUUUUAACUAAGGGCGAGGGUCUCAAAAGGCUUUGAGAGCGCAGCUACUUAUCAUUUACAAAUGACAAACUGCCUGUUGUUUUCCGGUGGGCUUGGUAGGGGCUAGGGUAUAGCAAAAUAUCUAAAGUCCACCUUUGCUUUAAACAGAUGCAUUUCUAUCUGCAGGAGUAAGAAUUAUUUCACUUAUUGGCAUAGCUGGACAGUUAUCUAUUUCUUUCUGUUACCAAGGUACUUGUAACUCUCUUGCACUGUUUAUCUAAAGUUGAAAUAUGUUCUUUGAAUCCUUGUAUAAAUAAAAAGGCUGGAGACUUAAAUCUGUA